AAUUUUUAGUGUAAACAUGGCAUAAUAAUAACCUGUUUAAGUUGCUGCAGAAUUCAAAUUAGUUGUAGUAGGUGAUGGAGCAGUUGGAAAGACAACAUUUGUUAGAAGACAUUUGACAGGAGAAUUCGAAAAGAAAUAUAUAGGUAUUCAAAUGUUUUUAACAUAAUUUUAGCUACAUAAGGUGUAGAAGUAAGUUAAGUUAUAUUUUAUACAACUCAUGGUCCAAUUAGAUUAGUUAUCUGGGAUACUGCUGGAUAAGAAAAAUUAGGAGGAUUAAGAGAAGGAUAUUAUAUUGGAGCUCAUUGUUCCAUCAUUAUGUUUGAUGUGACAUCAAGAAUCUCUUACAAAAAUGUACCUAAAUGGCAUAAAGAUCUCACAAGAAUUUGUGAAAACAUACCUAUUGUUUUAGUUGGAAACAAAGUAUUAUUUUUUCACUAAAUUCUUAGGUUGACUCAAAAGACAGAAAAGUCAAAGCCAGAUAAAUUACAUUCCAUCGUAAAGUUAAUAUCUAAUACUAUGAUGUUUCAGCAAAAUCCAACUAUUAAUAUGAAAAACCAUUCUUAUACUUAUUAAGAAGAUUAGCUAAGUAAUAUUUUUAUUUUUAUCAUUUAGUGAUCCCAAUCUAGCUUUAGUCUAAGCUUUAGCUCUCUUACCCCCAGAAAUUUAAAUGGAUGCUAAUUAAAUUGCAUAAAUUCAAGAAGAUUAGAGAAAAGCUGAAGAAAUAGGUUUACCAGAUGAAUAAGAUGAAGAAUUCAAUAGUUGAUUUAUUUAUGUUAAUAAAAUUUAUAUUGAAC